AUGUUGUCCUUUUAUUUAAUUGUAUUUUUGAUGAUAAUCUAAUAUUUUAUGCAUUAGAAUUGCAGAACUUUAGCGAAAGAUGAAAUGUUUAAACUAAUUAUUGCAAUAGAGCAAGAUACACUUAAGUUAUAAAACGAAUUAGUAGAAACUUAGAGGUAAUAAGAACACUUCAUGAAAUAGAGAAUUAGGUUUGCAGAAACAUCAAGAAAGUAUUAUAAGUACAAAGAUUACUCAAAAUAAUUAGAAAAAUAAGUUGAAAAUUUACUAAAUUUAAUACCAAAUUAGUAGCCUUCAAUAAAUAUCUAAUCCAACAUAAAUACAUUAAGAGAAUAUAUACAAUUCUGCCAAAAUUAGCAAGACACAAAUUAGUUUUUAAGAUUUAUUAAUUAAUAUUAAGGUUAUUCUCAAUAAGUUUAAGAAAAUAGUGCUAAAUAUUAAAGAAAUUAGUAUGAAAUAUAAUUUAAAAAUACUAACCUAAGUGUAGACAAUAAAUAAAGACACAUUUUAAUUAACAAAGACUAGAUAAAAGAAAAUGAAAUCCAUUAAAUUAAAUAAGAUAAAAUAUUGAUAGUUGAUGGAGGACAAAGUAAUCAAAGCCGCAGUGAUAAUUUAUUUGAUUUAAAAGAGCUUUCUAAAGAGCUGAAUUAACAACAGUUCUUCUUGAAUACAAAUUAAUACACUCAUGAAAGAAUACAAAAUAAUAAUAUCUUUCAUAAAAUAGAAGCCAAUCUACCUACUUAAAAAAUACUAACUCAGUCAUUAAAGCUUGAUGAGCUAGCUUCAACAGUGAAGUAGAUACCUAAAAUAGUCAAGGAAAAUAAUAAUCAACAAAAUGUUUAAAUAAAUAACUUAUAAUAAAAUGAGUAAGGAGUAUUAAAAUUUCAAUUAAAGAAAAGUAACAUAGAAGAAUUAAAUUUAAAUCUUCUGCAGAUUUAAAUUGAUGUAGCCAAAGAGUAAUAUCUAGAAAAAUCAAAAUAAUACAAUGAUUUAAAAUGUUAGGUUCAAAAUUUAGAUUUACUCAAAUAAGAUAUGGAAAAAGUUUGCUCAAAUAAUCUUCACCAAACUUAGAUUUAUGUUUAAUUUUAUAGAAAGUCUCUUGCUUGUAUGAAGUUGGUUGUUUUUAUGAAUUAAAAAAUAACAAAUUAAAUUUUGAGUCACUCAUUUAUAAAAUUAUAAAAAGAGAAUAAUUGUCAAAGCCAUAAAUAAAUUUGA